CGUCCUCGGUCGAAGCUGCCCUCGGCCCGGGCUGGCUCCCCCCCGCCUGGGGACGCUCCUUACCUCCCCUCCUGGGCUGCGGGGGACCGCGCCGAAACCAUGAGGAAAUUCAACAUCAGGAAGGUGCUGGACGGCCUGACCGCCGGCUCGUCUUCGGCCUCGCAGCAGCAGCAGCUGCAACAGCAGCACCCGCCUGGGAACCGGGAGCCCGAGAUCCAGGAAACGCUCCAGUCUGAGCACUUUCAGCUGUGCAAGACUGUUCGCCAUGGAUUUCCCUAUCAACCCUCAGCCCUGGCCUUUGAUCCUGUACAGAAGAUCCUGGCAGUGGGAACUCAGACUGGUGCUUUAAGGCUCUUUGGUCGUCCAGGAGUAGAAUGUUAUUGCCAACAUGACAGUGGAGCUGCAGUAAUCCAGCUCCAGUUCCUGAUUAAUGAGGGAGCUCUUGUGAGUGCCUUGGCUGAUGACACCUUACAUUUAUGGAAUUUACGUCAAAAGAGACCUGCCAUACUACAUUCACUUAAAUUUUGCAGAGAAAGGGUUACGUUUUGCCAUCUGCCUUUCCAGAGUAAGUGGCUCUAUGUGGGCACUGAACGAGGUAAUAUACAUAUUGUCAAUGUGGAGUCCUUCACACUCUCAGGCUACGUCAUUAUGUGGAAUAAAGCCAUUGAACUGUCAUCUAAAUCUCACCCAGGACCUGUCGUCCAUAUAAGUGAUAAUCCAAUGGAUGAAGGAAAGCUUUUGAUUGGCUUUGAAUCUGGAACAGUAGUGUUAUGGGACCUCAAAUCAAAGAAAGCAGACUACAGAUACACCUACGAUGAGGCUAUCCACUCUGUUGCUUGGCAUCAUGAAGGAAAACAAUUUAUUUGCAGUCAUUCAGAUGGCACUUUGACUAUAUGGAAUGUGAGAUCCCCUGCUAAGCCUGUACAGACGAUAACUCCACAUGGAAAACAGUUAAAGGAUGGGAAGAAGCCAGAACCAUGCAAGCCUAUCCUCAAGGUGGAAUUCAAAACGACUAGACCUGGGGAACCUUUUAUUAUUUUAUCAGGAGGUUUGUCAUACGAUACUGUAGGAAGAAGACCUUGCUUAACAGUUAUGCACGGGAAAAGUACUGCAGUUCUCGAAAUGGACUAUUCAAUUGUUGAUUUCCUGACGCUGUGUGAAACCCCAUACCCAAAUGAUUUUCAAGAACCAUAUGCUGUGGUUGUUCUACUAGAAAAGGAUUUAGUACUUAUAGACCUUGCACAAAAUGGAUAUCCUAUAUUUGAAAAUCCCUACCCGCUGAGUAUACAUGAAUCCCCUGUUACAUGUUGCGAAUAUUUUGCUGAUUGUCCUGUGGACCUUAUUCCUGCACUUUAUUCUGUUGGAGCUAGACAGAAACGUCAAGGUUACAGCAAAAAGGAAUGGCCCAUUAAUGGAGGAAAUUGGGGCUUGGGUGCUCAAAGCUACUCAGAAAUAAUUAUUACAGGGCACGCUGAUGGGUCAGUUAAGUUCUGGGAUGCUUCUGCGAUAAAUCUACAAGUAUUAUAUAAAUUAAAGACAUCUAAAGUAUUUGAAAAGUCAAGAAAUAAAGAUGACAAGCCAAACACAGACAUUGUAGAUGAAGAUCCGUAUGCCAUUCAGAUCAUCUCCUGGUGUCCAGAAAGUCGAAUGUUGUGCAUAGCUGGAGUUUCAGCUCAUGUCAUUAUUUAUAGAUUCAGCAAACAAGAAGUGAUUACAGAAGUCAUUCCGAUGCUUGAAGUUCGAUUGUUAUAUGAGAUAAGUGAUGUGGAAUCUCCAGAGGGUGAACAGGCACCACCUUUGCCAACACCAGUUGGGAGUGCCAAUCCUCAGCCCAUUCCUCCUCAGUCUCAUCCUUCUACCAGUAGCAGUUCAUCUGAUGGGCUUCGUGAUAACGUCCCUUGUUUGAAAGUUAAAAAUUCUCCACUUAAACAGUCUCCAGGUUAUCAGACAGAAUUAGUUAUUCAGUUGGUAUGGGUGAGUGGAGAACCACCACAGCAAAUAACCAGUCUGGCAGUUAAUUCUUCCUAUGGAUUGGUAGUUUUUGGCAAUUGUAGUGGCAUUGCAAUGGUUGACUACCUCCAGAAAGCAGUACUCCUCAACCUGGGCACUAUUGAAUUAUGUGGCUCCAGUGAUCCUUAUCGGAGAGAACCUCGAUCUCCUCGUAAAUCUCGACAACCUUCAGGAGGUAUGCUGAUUGUGACUUCUUGCAUGUGCGGCAUUUCUAGCUUAUAUUCUGAAUCUGUGAAAAAACUCCGUUCUUCUUUUUUAACAGGUCUGUGCGAUAUUAGUGAAGGGACUGUAGUCCCAGAAGAUCGCUGCAAAUCUCCAACUUCUGGUUCUUCAUCACCACACAAUUCAGAUGAUCAACAAAAAGUGAAUAAUUUUAUAGAAAAGGUGAAGAUCAAAAGCAGAAAGUUUUCCAAGAUGGUAGCCAGUGAUAUAGCAAAAAUGUCAAGGAAGUUAAGCUUGCCUACUGACCUAAAGCCUGACUUAGAUAUAAAAGAUAAUUCCUUCAGCCGAUCACGGAGUUCAAGUGUAACCAGCAUUGAUAAAGAAUCCCGAGAAGCAAUCUCUGCUCUUCAUUUCUGUGAAACUUUUACUCGAAAGGCAGAUUCAGCCCCCUCCCCAUGUUUGUGGGUUGGUACUACAUUGGGAACAGUGCUUGUCAUUGCACUGAACCUUCCCCCAGGAGGAGAGCAAAGACUUCUUCAGCCAGUAAUUGUGUCUCCAAGUGGUACAAUAUUGAGGUUAAAAGGGGCAGUCCUGAGAAUGGCAUUCCUGGAUUCCACAGGCUGCUUAAUGCCACCAGCAUAUGAAUCCUGGAAAGAACACAAUGUUCCUGAAGAGAAGGAUGAAAAGGAGAAAUUGAAAAAACGAAGACCUGUCUCUGUAUCUCCCUCCUCUUCUCAGGAAAUUAGUGAAAACCAGUAUGCAGUGAUAUGUUCUGAAAAGCAAGCAAAAGUAAUCUCACUGCCAACUCAGAGCUGUGCUUAUAAGCAAAACAUUACAGAGACCUCAUUUGUUCUUCGUGGAGAUAUUGUAUCAUUGAGUAACAGUAUCUGCCUUGCCUGCUUCUGUGCCAAUGGACACAUUAUGACUUUUAGUUUGCCAAGUUUAAGACCUCUAUUGGAUGUGUAUUACUUGCCCCUUACCAAUAUGCGGAUAGCCAGAACGUUCUGCUUCACCAACAAUGGACAAGCAUUGUAUCUUGUUUCACCUACAGAAAUCCAGAGACUCACUUACAGUCAAGAGACCUGUGAAAAUCUUCAGGAAAUGUUGGGUGAACUCUUCACUCCUGUAGAAACACCUGAAGCACCAAACAGGGGAUUCUUUAAAGGCUUGUUUGGAGGUGGUGCACAAUCUCUUGAUAGAGAAGAACUAUUUGGAGAAUCAUCCUCGGGAAAGGCUUCAAGAAGUCUUGCUCAGCAUAUCCCUGGCCCUGGUGGCAUCGAAGGCGUGAAAGGAGCAGCAUCUGGAGUUGUUGGUGAAUUAGCACGAGCCAGGUUGGCACUAGAUGAAAGAGGGCAGAAACUUAGUGACCUGGAAGAAAGAACUGCAGCUAUGUUAUCCAGUGCAGAUUCAUUUUCUAAACAUGCUCACGAGAUGAUGUUGAAAUACAAAGAUAAGAAGUGGUACCAGUUCUGACAACCAGAAAUCCAACUAAGUCCAACUUUAGCCAGAAGGAAAAAGAAUUUUCCUAUUUUAUUUUAUUGAUUUCACUUUAGGAAAGUUAACAUUAAAGAGAUGUUCAUCACUGGAUACUGCUCUUUCCUAGCACAAUCAUGCACUGUUUGACCUCAGUCCGGCGGCUUUAACUGAGGAGUGUUCACGCACACACUCAACGUGGAGUAUAUGCUGUGGGCCAGCUACGAGUUGACGGUUUGGGAACUAGGAUGGUCACAUGUUACAAAUGAAGAAACAGAGGGAUGUUGAGGAGACAUGGCAGGGACUUUUCCUGGGUCAGUCCUGUAUUAAACUUUCACAUGCCAAAAGAUUCUGUCAUUAUCUGCCAUCGUUGUUUGACCUCUUUGAGGGAGAGGCAAUAAGUCAGAAGUCCUGAAGCUGAAACAGUUAUAUUUGUGUCACUGACUGAAUUAUAAACGGCUGUCUUGAACUUUCCCUCCCUUCAACUGACUGGUCAUCAGUAUCAUUAGUGAAAAAGAAACAAACUGUUUAUUACCAUAUCUUUAGACAGAUAAGCUGAAUGGUGGGCUUUAAAUAAUAAAAACAUACACAUAGUUGACUUGUGUAUGGGCUACUCUUGGAUUCUUGUUAUUGUAUACUUGUGUUUAGUCCAUAUUUUGUCAAAAGCAAAACAAGGCGAUAUAUCACUUUUCAUUGAAAAGAAAAGUGUAGAGCAUGACUGAACUGCUUAUCAUUCUGGGAGUUUCCAUGUAAUGGCUAUGCAGUGUGGAAAGUGAGAAAAACCUCCAUUGUGGUGAGGAGAAUACUUCAGUGUCCCUUGUCCUAGUUCUCAUUAAUUCAGCUAAACGUGGAUUUGACCAAAAUAGUUACUGGUUAAAUUUGUAGAAAUGUUGAAAUUGGCUAAGUU